AUGUAUCUCCCAAUCCUCUCUCUCACUCUCCUCCUCGGCCUCAGCGCCGCCAUCGCCGUCCCAGCCCCCAAUCCCGACUCGGCUCUCGAAGCCAAAGAUUUCAUCCCAAACAAGGUUUUGCGACAGGUGGUUCCGCGUCAGGGAAUCCCGCUCCCGGAACCAGAGGUGGAUAUUGAACCCCCGCGAGAUGAUGGUCUGGUUCCUUUUGCGGGAGGGGGACCCGUGGUCGGGAAGUGGGUGAAGCCUACUUUUACGCCGGGCCCGGAGGAUAAUAUCCCGCCGUUUAGUAAUAGUGUGGACUUGAAGAAGCGCGAUCUUGGACACACAAAAUCAAAUGCAUUCUGUCCUUACCCCGGUACAGCAUACUGCUGUAACCCUAACCCGGGCACAGGAGGAACCCUCUGCAAAUGGAAUGGUGAUGGACAUUUGUCCGGCUGUGAGUUGAUUACGGGUGGGGAGAGCGUUUGUUGUUCUACGCUUGGGUGUAAGGGGAUGAGUGGGUUGAAGGAACCGAUUACUACGGUUUAG